GAAGCUCCAAUGCGUCCGCCAAGACCAUCGUGGCGCAUAGUAAAAAAUCUCGGCAAUCAUUAUGCUGCAAAUGUUAACGACUGAGAAAACUUCAUCAAGAGAUAUUACUUACCUCCGAGGUGUUUUUCAAUAAUUUAGCCUUCUGUGGAUGAUAUGGAUCCACCUAGAGAAGAGGCCAUCUUCAACGAGCGCUUCGUCAAGAUCAUCUGCGUUGGCGCUGGCGUUUCUGGGCUUUGCUUGGCUUACAAGCUGAGGAGGUCAUUUGAGAACUAUUCAUUGACUAUCUAUGAGAAGAAUCCAGAAGUGGGAGGGACUUGGUAUGAGAAUACUUACCCGGGCUGCGCCUGCGAUGUCCCCUCGCACAAUUACACGUAUUCAUUUGAACCAAAAGCGGAUUUCUCAUCUGUUCUCGCCAAUUCAGAGGAGAUCAAGGAAUAUUUUGAGGGUUUUGCUGUCAAGUAUGAUCUGCUCAAACAUAUCAAGACUGAGCACCAGGUCAUUGAGACUUUUUGGGAUCAGCCAAAAGGCCAGUGGAAUGUCAAAGCUGCUGAUUUGAAGUCCGAUACGACGACCGAAGACUGGUGCCAUAUUCUCAUUCAUGCGACCGGAUACUUGAACAAGCCAGCUUGGCCAUCUGUGCCAGGACUCGAGAAGUUCAAAGGACCCAAACUUCACAGCGCCAAGUGGGAUAACCGUGUAUCUCUUGACGGCAAAGAUAUCCUGUUGAUAGGGUCCGGAGCAUCGAGUGUUCAGAUUCUACCCACAAUCCAGCCGCAUAUAAAAUCUGCAAAGGUCUUUGUUCGGACACCUCGAUGGACUCUACCCUCUGUCAACUCAAAGAAGGGCAAGUUUUCUCCAGAAGAGAUCGAGAGAUUCAUCAGCGAUCCAGACUCGGUUAUGAAGCUUCGGCUGGAAAAUGAGCGAACACUGAACAGCUUCUUCACUAUGUACAUGAAGGGAACCGUCCUCCAGAGGCAAGCUCGUGAGCAUCUGGAGAGUGAGAUGAAGAAAGUUGUUAUUGAUGAAGAAGUUCAAAAGAAGCUUGUUCCUGACUUUCCAGUUGGAUGCAAACGAAUUUUGCCUUCGGGGGAUCAGUUUCUCUACGCAAUCAAGAAAGACAACGUCCAAGCGAUAUACUCUGGUGUCAAAGAGAUCACCGAAACAGGCUGUAUAAGCGACGACGGGCAGCACUACGAGGGUGACAUCAUCAUUGCAGCCACUGGCUUCGACACGUCGUUCAUCCCUCGUUAUCCCAUCCAUUUUAAAGGGCAUAACCUCCAAGAAGAUUGGAGCACCUCUAUUACAGGCUACAUGGGAGUUGGAAUCUCCGAGUGUCCAAACUCAUUCACCCUCGCAGGUCCAUGGUCACCGAUCUCUAACGGCCCCGUCAUCGCUCCCAUAGAAGCUCAAACUGAUUUCAUCUCUGAAUUUAUCGACAAGUACCAAACUGAGCCGGGUAUGCAUAGCAUGAGCCUGAAAGCAGCAGCAUGCUACGACUUCAAGAGCUAUAUGGCGCAAGUUACUCAGAAGAUGGUAUGGUCUGAUAAUUGCCGCCACGCACAUAACAUUAAGCCCAACUGGGGUCAGUCUUCGAUCACGUGGCCUGGAUCUACGCUGCACUACUUGGAAGCUAUGCGAGAACCUAGGUUUGAGGAUUAUGACUUUGAGUAUAGUGGGAACAGGUUUGCGUGGCUGGGUAAUGGGCUAUCUCAGACAGAGUGGGAUCCUACGGCUGACUUGGCAUACUAUGUAAGAAAUGAGGAUGAUGGGAGGCAUUUAAGUAGAAGCGCGCGGACACGAGUCAUUUCGAAGAGUGGAAGUCAGGCACCGAGGGAACUUCAUCGUCAAGCUAAGCUUGCCGCCAAGAGCUAGGUCCAAAUGACAGGGCAGUUUACAUCAUAAUUUCAAAGCAAACUAUUGCCAACAGUCUAAAAUUGAAGC